UUAUUUGCUAUGGAUUUGGAUCAAGAACGUUGGCUAAAGAAACUAGUGAAAAAGUAAGACUCAGAUCAAUGUCCUUGAGGAAACACAAGAAACCAGGGAAUAGGACAGAGAAUUAACAAAUUGGCAAAAGAGUAAGUGUGAAAGAUGAUAGGUAAACAUGGAGCCAGGGAGGCAGAAAUUGCCAAAACCAGAGCUGGAAUUUACUACAGUAGUUUAUAUAUAUAUGAAAGUUUGAAGGAAAGAAUAAGUGAAGAAGCAGAGCAAGAUGCAUUUAUUGGCCUGUUUGGAGGAUGGGAGGUUAUCCUUCUCACUGUAUUCCUUUGGUUUCAUGGAGGAGGGAUGCAGAUAUUCUCAGUAUUUAAUUUCAGGAGCACCUUAGCCACCUUCCUUGUCACAGAUCUCUGACAGGAGAGGGCAGACAGAUGCCAGGCAGAGCAGGCCUGGCUGCACUGCAUGCGGAGGGAGGAGGUGAUGAUCCCCUUCCCAGGCAGCCGGCCUGCCCGGCUCUAAUGCAUGACCCCAUAUGGAGAUGUGUGGGAGCCAGAACUGAUGACGGAGGUUUAUUAACAGCCUAAAAUACAGUUUUGUCUUUAAAGAUGAUGACAGUUUUUCCAUUGAGUGACUGGAACUAAAAUCAAGCUUCAUGCAAAGCUUUAAAAUUCCAAAAGUUUGAGUGUGUUUGUCAGCUCCAAACUUCCCACACGGCUGCUGGAUCUGCUGGGCGUCUCUCAGCAGCUCCGUGGAGCAGAAGCACAAGGUGACAAGAAGGGAGAGACGUUGUGUGCUGUGCAGGGAGGAUGAGCUUCCGACUGAAAUACCGCCUGCAGCGAAACGCUGGGCAGUGUUUGCUUGGGACAAUGCGAUACCGUGCGUGGCUACUGUGGACCACAUCAGGCGUCGGAAGAACUGGGUGAAUGCUGCCACCUAUUGAUUGACGCCAUGCAAAGGAGCGCCUCCCAGCCGCCCUGAGCCUUUGUACACAACUGGCUGCGGUUUUAUCAUCUUCCACGGGAAAACAUCCUCCCUCAUUCCAGAAGUGUCACCUGGACCCAGAAGAAACAAACAACUCGCUAAAUGGAAUUAUUGGCCAAUAAAACGUACUGCUGCUAAAAAUAUCUAUUGUGCGUAAAGCUGAGAUUAAUCCAGAGUAAAUAUUUUGGUAAAUGUGUCAGUUAAGAAGCCACCCAAACUGGCUGAUUUACACAAAACGUAUUUCUAAACUCGCAUCUUUGUAAUAAUAUGCAGACUUUAUGAUGUAAUAAUAAUAAAAGCUCCUGGAAUCGGCUUCUGCUGUGUGCUGCAGUGUAAGGAAGAGGUUUGCUCAUUCUGCCCAGAGGCUGAACCAGCAAAGACAGCAAAGCCAAUGUGAUUCAUUCAGUGAAGAUAGUGGACAAUUACCACCAACUUGAUCACGUUUUGCCUUGAACAGCUGAAACUACUAGGUGAAAAUGACACAGCAAAUGCAUAAUUUAAGUCUCCUCCAGAGUAAAAAGAACAGUAUGCCAUCUUCUCCAAAUGCUGCAAAGCGAUUGUAUCGGAACCUGUCAGAGAAGCUGAAGGGGAGCCAUACAUCCUUUGAUGAAGCAUAUUUCCGAGCGCGCUCAGACCGGCUCAGUCUCCGUAAGACCUCGAUGCACAGAGGAAGUUCCAAAAAUUUCCAAUGCAAUGAAGCUAUGUUUGAGGCCGUAGAACAGCAAGAUCUGGAUGCUGUUCAGAUUCUUCUCUAUCAAUACACACCAGAGGAACUGGACCUGAAUACUCCAAACAGUGAAGGACUUACUCCUUUGGAUAUUGCCAUCUUAACUAACAACAUCCCUAUUGCUAGGACUCUUCUACAUGUUGGGGCAAAAGAAAGCCCACACUUUGUUAACAUGGAAAGCAGGUCAGUGCAUCUGUGUACAUUGGUCCAGGAAGCACAGCAGCGAGUUACUGAAUUGUCUGCACAAGUGAUGAAUGAAGGCCUUGGUACAGACAACACAGAAAAAGAGAAGCAACUAAAAGCAUGGGAAUGGAGAUACAGGCUAUACAAGCGCAUGAAGGCAGGCUACGAGCAUGCUAGAGCCCCUGAGGCGCCAACCAACGUCUGUCUCAUGGUAACAAGCAGUACAUCACUCACUGUCACCUUCCAAGAACCUCUGAGUGUCAACUCAGCUGUGGUGACCAAGUAUAAAGUGGAAUGGAGUUGUUCAGAAGACUUUUCUCCUUUGGUUGGAGAAAUAAUUGUGGAUAAUCUUCAGUCUUUGAGAUGCACCAUCACAGGUCUCAGAACAGGCCAGAGGUAUUACAUUCAUGUUUCAGCAUACAAUAUGAGAGGAUGGGGACCUCCACGAAGAUCUACUCCUGCAUAUGCUUCUCCUUCAAACUGGAAAGACUGCAGUGGAAGAGAGCCUCGACACAGGGGACAUAGUGAGGCCCUGGAACGUCUCCUUCAGCAGGUCCGAGCAGCUCAUCAGCAUUAUAAUUGCAGAGAAAGUUCCAAAUUACAGAACACUGGUCGCAAGCAGUCAGUCUCUAGAAGCCUGAAGCACCUUUUUCAUUCAUCAAACAAGUUUGUGAAGACUCUGAAACGGGGACUCUACUUAUCUGUUAUAUUUUUUUACAAAGACAAUCUAUUAGUAACCAAUGAAGAUCAGAUCCCAAUUGUGGAAAUUGAUGACUCUCACAGUAGUUCAAUUAUGCAGGAUUUCCUGUGGUUCACAAAGUUGUCUUGUAUGUGGGAUGAUAUCAGAUGGCUGAGGCAGAAUAUGUCUGUAUCCAUCUCCUCAUCAACAACACUUCAAGCCAGGCAAAAGAUGCUUUCUGCAGCAGCACAGCUACAGAAUUUGCUGGGAACUCACAACUUAGGCAGAGUUUUUUAUGAGCCAAUCAAGGAUCGGCAUGGCAAUAUAUUGAUUGUUACUGUAAGAGAAGUGGAGAGUCUUUAUUCAUUUUUUAAUGGCAAAUGGAUGCAGGUAUCCAAACUACAAAGCCAGAGGAAAUCCCUUUCAACGCCAGAGGAGCCAACAGCAUUAGACAUUUUGCUUAUAACAAUCCAGGACAUAUUUUCCUAUCACAAAAGAAGUCAGCAACGCCUCCCUCCUGGAUUGUAUCUGGGUUACCUUAAACUCUGCAGUUCUGUGGAUCAAAUCAAAGUCCUUGUGUUGCAGAAGUUGCCGAAUGUUCUCUGUCAUGUCAAAAUCCGAGACAACAGCAAUGUCUCCAGAGAUGAGUGGGAAUGGAUCCAAACACUUUCUGGCUCAGAAUCUGUGGAAAGUAUGGAUCAUACUUCAGACUGCCCUACUCAAUUGUUCUUGUAUGAGCUCCAGAUGGCAGUGAAAGCUCUCCUUAAACAGAUCAAUCUACCUCUGCAUCAGGCUAAGCACUUCCGUCUGUAUACACAGGAGGUGUUGGAACUGGGUCACAAUGUCUCCUUUCUUCUCCUGCUCCCCGCCUCAGACGACGUCUGCACUGCCCCAGGACAGAAUAAUCCUUACACCCCACACUCAGGAUUUCUUAACCUCCCUCUUCAGAUGUUUGAACUCGUUCAUUUUUGCUGUUACAAGGAAAAAUUUAUAAGCCUGUAUUGCCGCCUUUCUGCUGUCAUAGAGCUGGACUCUCUGAAAACCCAGCAGUCCCUGAGGGAAGCAAUUUCAGACAGUGAAGUCGCUGCAGCCAAACAAAGACACCAGCAAGUUAUAGACUACAUACAGCAAGUUGAUGAGAUCUGGAGGGAAAUGAGAUGGAUCACAGAAGCACUGCAGUACGCAAGAUACAAGCAGCCUGCAGCUGGCCUACCAAUAAAGAAACUUGUGAAUCUUUCAGAAGAACACUCUCAAAAGAAAGUCAGUUCGACAUCUUCACAUCUAGAUUGUCUUCCCUCACCUCCUUCCUCACCUGAGGCUAGAAGUCAGAGGAGAAAAGCUGUAAGCGAUUCCCAGCCCUGCUCAGAUGAAGAAGGCUGUUCGGAGGUAUUCCUUCCAACUGACAGUGACUAUGAUUCCAGUGAUGCAUUAAGCCCCAGAGAAUUAGACUUGAUUUACUCCUCCCCACAUGACAUCUCCCAGCAGGCAGGCAGUGGCCUGGGCGGUAGUGCACCUGAUGUUCUCCAAGUCCACGACGUGAAGCCUUGCCUAACACUGAAAGAAGGCCUGACAGAGUGUAGUGCCUUUGAUACUAAUGCUGAAUAUUGCACAGAGUAUAUGAGCAAUCUAACAAUGUCAGGGAUUACAUCAAAAAGCAUAGACAAGUCCUCUAGCUCCAAGCAGCCAUUGAGCUUUCUAGGGAAAAAGAGACUAGGGAAACAUCAACAUUACAGCUACUUCAGCAGGCAUCAUCGUUGGCUGCGUGUGCACAGUGAGACACAGUCUGCCUCUCUGUCUGAAGGUGUGUACACUCAGCAUCUCAUGCGAUCUCCAGAUUUAUCUCAAGAACCUACCUCCAGUGAGCAGUUACAGAUUCCCAUCGAUGAGUCACGGAGCACCUUCUUACCUCAUGCAUCCAGCCUUCCAGAAGAUGGAAAAGGCAAGUAUGAGGAAUCAAGGCAAAACAUCCAUAGGAUACACAUGGAACCUUAUAAAACAACAUUUCUGAGUGAAGAGGGCAAAUCCUGGGCAAUGAGCAUGCAGUCUGUAGGAAAUGAGGAUGCGCACAAUGCUAUGCAACAGAAAAUGCUUUCAGAUGAUCCUGUGGGUUCUGCUGUCUCAGAAGUAUUCAGCAGCACACUGUAACUCCAGACUUCUGCAUUGCUUCCCAUUGCUCCACAAGGAGGUAGUGAGCAUUAUGCAUAUAGGGCCAUACUUUCAAAACUACUUUUAGAAGUCCAGCUCCUGAAAUGACAACUUGUGUCAUUCAGAAGAAUCCUAAUCAUUUGACUCCAUCACCAGACUCCCAGUCUUAUAGCAGUAUCUGCCAUGAUGCAAGCAGUAUUACUUGUAUCAGCAGUUUUGCAAGUAGGCUCACACAUAACAGGAUGCUUUGUGGCUGCAAAUCCAGUGAUCAGUCUUUGCAGUUGUCUUAAUUUCCAGAUAUCUCUAAGCAUGCAAAAUUUUAAGCAUGAGUGGUUCUGACUGCAAUGUAGCAGAAAUUGUAACAUCCUUGGUGUCCUCAUGUUAGGACUGUGUCCUAAACCUCUAUGAACCUGUUUUCCAGCAUCUCCUAUGCAUUUUUCUUCUCCUCGGCACUUUUGAAUAUCUUGAGGUUGCAUGUAACUGAAGUGCUAACUGGUUUAGUAACAGUUAUCCCACAGUAGCUAGCCACUAUAGAGAACUGAGCAUUCUUUCAGUAUCUAAAAAAUCCAGUCAUCGUUAACACUGCAUGCACAACCUCUGAAUGUUGCCAGAGCCUGACAAAAUUAUCACAACGUUUGAAGGUUUUUUCAGAAGCUCAGAUUUCAAAUGACAUAAGUAGCAGGUUAUUUUAAAGGCUUAGACAGGAGUCAACCUUUGAGGUCACAAGCAGACAGAAUGAGUCCAGUCUCUCCAGAGUGAAUAUACACAGGGUCUAAGUAGGAGUGAAUAGAAGCUUGGUCCUCUACCCACCACACAAGUGUGCAUUUCUUUAUGUUGCAGAGACUCUCAAACAUCCACUGGAAGGAAAUGCACCUACUUUUGUUCCUGAUUUUUCAGUGUAUAUUCAGGAGUAUCUGAUCACUAUGUCUGAAAUUGGGAUAUUCUGGAAAUUCCCAUUAGGGAAAUUUGGGGUGCAGUUUAAAGCUACAAUUUUUUGUUUGUUUCACCGAUAAACAUUGGUAUCCUCAGAAGAGUGCAAAACGGCGUGUUAGCAUGCUGUAUUUGUCAAAGGCAGAUCACAGUUUUGUCAUUUGCAACCAGAAUAAGACUUAGAGUACUACAGAAGAUGAUCUCAACAAAGAAAUCUAUAUUAAUGAGAACCAUAACAUCUGAGUCACUGAGAAAUGAACUAAUGUGAAGAGAAACCCCAGCUGUUGCACGAGCUUUAAUUUUUCUUAUACAGUUCUUGAAGUUUAAUUUUAUGGGCCACAUUCCUGCUGGUUAAAUUCCCUCACUCCAUGUUUGCGCAGCCUUCUACCCUUCAAUUUUUCAGCCUCCAGGUGGAUACAUUCUAAGGCCUCCAAUAAAGAGAUUUGAGUUAAAUAGUUGAGUUUACAAGUCCUUGAGGUGAAGGUAAGGAUUUGGGCCCAUGAUCUGUGGUCCUUAUUAAAAUAGCACUUCCAUAACCCCAGUACUAUUAAAAUCCCUGUGAACUCAAUCCAUAAAUUCAAAAAUAAAUGUUAUUCACUAUUUCAUGCUUGGUCAGUAUGCAGAAGCCAAGAAGAGCCUAAGCAGUGAUAUAAGGGCAGAAACUUUCUAUAAGGUAUUUACAUUUGUAAUUUCUCUUUUCUGGAGGAGAGGAAAGUGAACUUUUUGUACCGAUGAUAUUCAUAAUGUGAUCCAAUCCUCAGUGAGGAUGGAAACAUUUCCAUUCACUUCCAAAGGCUCCAAACAAGACCCAUACAGAAAAUUCCUGUGGGUGAGAAGAUGGGGGAGCAAAAGUCUCAGUGCCAAUUUGCAGCUAGAAGGACAUGCAUUGUAUGUUGUAUGCCACAUGAAAUUGCAUGGGGAAAACCUGACUCACACACCAUAGAACCAAACAGUGAUGUUUUACCAUUGCUGAAGGCAGCAACAGCUUGGUACAUGAGAUUAUGUUUGUUAGCAGAAGGCUGUUUGUCAGGGACAAAUGAUUUGCUAGAAUACAGCAUCUAGCCCGGGCUCCCCUGACCUUUUCAGCCUCUGAGCAAAGCUGCCAUGUAACUGCUUACUGAAGUAUAAAAACAACAGUAUGCUGAGACCGAGUUGUUGUAAAAUGUGAUGAUACAAUACGAGAUGAUAUUCCUAAAAUGAAACCCACCUUGCUUUGCUUUGG